UUCGUGUUGUGCCCUUCCCGCGGCGCGUCUUGAGUUUUGAUCCCUCGAUCAUCGUCCGCGCGCGAGUGUCGAUUUUCCCUCGUUUUUGGAUACUUGAUCUCUCUGUUCUCGACCUCGGGCGCACAGGACACCGUUGUAAUAUACAGGCAAACGCCCGAGUUUCGAAGGAUAUAAAAUUUUGGAUACAACAGGAGUGGUAGUCCAAGCCCUCGCUUAAUGAGAGUGAACACAAGCACAAGGGAUAUUCGGAAGAGUAUAAUUUUGCAAUCUCUAUCCAGGAUCAACUGAAGCAGCUCCUGGCUUCCAAUUUAAUCUAAGCUUAUUCUGCUCUAAAUGAUUUUCACAAAUUGAAUUACAUUAAGAGACUGACAAUGAAAUCGCGUGGUAGUGUAUAUUGAGAAUUAAAAGCCCCAGGGCAAAAUUUUAUGAACAUUUUAAGGCAGAGAUUUUAAGGUUCACUAAAAAAAAGGUAAAAAAAGAACGUCAGAACUGAGACGAAUAAUCGAUCAUCGAGGUCGCUUAUUUCACCUUCUAAAUGAAAAUGUAAAUUUUUCAUCAUCUGCCUAUGCUCUGCGCAGUCAACAGAAUAACUGCGGUUGGGAAAAUACAUCAACAAAACCAUGCGGAGCUGGAUCUUAGUCACCUGAUUUUCACAUCCACUCUGGAUUCAAAAUAUCCUUUCAAGCCAACGAUUGAAGUUUACGCAGCCUAUAAACAAUGAAUGUCAAUAAUCAAAUUAACUGGAAUAUAAGACUUCUACCCGGAUAGUAUACCAAUUGACGUAAAGAAUCAUCAAUAAAAUAGUGUCAUUCGCUUGACCAACCUGGGUUAAAACCGUUUCUGCUGAGUAGAGACUGAAGUUCAUCAAAACGACCCAGUGCAUAAAAUUUGAUCUGAAAAUUUUGCGAGUUUAAACGCAACAAAUACAUCUUCCAACCGGAGAGAAACCGGAUCAUUAAAAUUGGAGCCCAAUCACGGAGAAGCGACCUAAUGAACCUCUAGUGACCUUAUCAGGUGAAACAGCUUCAUACUUCAUGACCCGGUUUUACUUCUCAAGGGAGGCAUCCAUCCUGACCGAAACCAGCUUACCGAAAUAGAUGUUGCAUUCCGAGACGGUCAUAGCGUAGCCACUCAAACCUGUUCACCGAAAUAGAUGGUAAAUCCUGGAAGGGCGAUAGAGUAGCCUCUGAAACCGGUUUACCAAAAUAGAUCGUGAAUCCCGGAAGGAUCGUAGAGCAACUCCAAAAACCGGUUCAUCAGAGUGGAUGCUGACGCCCGAGAGGAAAUAGAGUAUCCCCUGAAACCGGUUCACCAGUAUAAAUGCUGAAUCCCGGGAGGAUGAUACUCCUGAAACCGGUUCGCCAGAAUAGAUGCUGAAUCAUAAGAGGACAAUAGAGUAACUGCCACCGCGCCGUCGAACCGGAUCAAUCGAGGCGGUGUGGAAUCUCGGCGGGCAGAUUCCGGAAGACUUCCGAUCCGGGCGGGAACCGGUUGCGCGGGCAGCCUAGAUGCUGAGGCCGGGCGCGGGGCAUGUUUUCGGCUAUCGGCGAGCGCAUGGGUCACCUGAGCAAGUGCGAGAUGAAGAGUCGGUGCCUGCCGUUCGCCGUCGACAACCUGCUGGGCGCGCGGGUGCCCCUCCCGGGGUCCGGCGCCGGCGGGGGGCCCGGGCGGGGCGGUGAGGGGAGCGGCGAACCGGUCUGCUCGCCGGUCUUCAACCGGUUCGAGGCGCUCGAGCUGGAGGCCACCCCCGAGUACGGCCACGAUGACCCAAGGGAGGACUCCCAUUCCAGGGAGGAGGAGGAGCGAGACUCGUCCCAGUCCAGGGAGUCGUCGCCGGGUCAUCCUCCAAAGUCUCAGUUUUCCGAUUAUGAAGAGGAGCAGGAGGCGGCGGCGCGCCGGGACUCGAUGGACGGUUCGUUCCUGAACGCGGAUUCGCGGGACCUAAGUUUCGAGCUCCAGCGGCGGCACACCCCGGACGCCCCCGCGCCCGCCCGCAACGGCAACUGCAAAGGCACCUUCAACUUCUUCGAGAUGUGCAAGAGCCGGCAGGAGCUGGACAAGCAGUACUACGAGAGCGUCUCGCACUCGGACAAGGUCAUCAAGAACAUCUUCCUGGAUCGGUACAGCCCGAGCAAGUUCACGGCGGCCAUCAAGUCCGAGGACGCCCACCGGACGCCCACCGGCGCCGAAGAGGGCGUCACCGUCGAGAAGCCCGAGCUCAAGUUCAGCGUCGAUGCUAUCCUCGGAAACGUCUUCAAGCAGCAGAAUAGUCCCUCAGCGUCGAUAUUUCAAGAGGCAGGAAGGGCAUCGUUGUUCGGGUUUGGAAAUAAUGUCGCCAAGCCAAUUGCGAGGCCGGCGGCAACUUACAGACCCGCCCUUCAUCAUACUUUGUUCACGUGUAGACAACCCUUUAUAACCGUGGGAUCAAACCCCGGCGUUGGGACAGUGUUUCCCUUGCCCGGGACCUUUCCGUGGGCGCAGCAUAGCAGAGGAAAGCCCAGGAGGCAAAUGAUGCGCAGGGCCGUUUUUUCCGAUCUUCAAAGGAAAGGCCUGGAAAAGAGGUUCCAGAUCCAGAAGUACAUAUCCAAACCCGAUCGGAAAAAGUUGGCCGAAAAACUCGGCCUCAAAGACUCUCAGGUGAAGAUAUGGUUCCAGAACCGACGGAUGAAGUGGCGGAACUCGAAGGAGCGGGAGCUGCUGGCCAGCGGGGGCUCGCGGGAGCAGACGCUUCCGACGAAGAACAACCCGCACCCGGACCUGAGCGACGCCGCCAGCGAGGUCCUCGACGUCGAGGGUGCGGGGGCGGGGCCCGAGGGCGAGGGGGUGAAGCGGGGCCUCGGGGCCUCCGAGGGGGACUCCGCCGCCGCGGCCAAGAAGACCCGGGGCCCCGAGGACCCCGCCGAGGAGGGCCCCCCGCACAGCGACGCCAGCCUCCCCAGCGACGACGACGACGAGGACGAAGAGAUCAACGUCACGUGACUGUACAGAGUAGAUUCCCCCCUUGUUUAUUGGAUUUGUAAAGAUAUAAUUGACAGUGUAUUGUAACGAAUAAAAUAUGUUGAAGAAUUU